AUGACGCUUAUGGCCAAGGAUGGUGCGUCUACGUCGGGAGACGACGACUUGAAGUCGCCUCUCUCUUUUCAGCCGGCACCUCAGAGCGAUAUCUCAGCGCCCCCACCACCAAGUUACGCAGAAACCCUCACGAGCCCGGCGAGUACAUCACAAGCCCACGAAGUGCCCGCAAAUCUUGGACCAUUGCCCCCUCCAUCAAACUAUAAUGGCCAAAAUGCGACUGGACCUAUCAAGGGUACUUGGGUAAUCGACUCGUCAAUGGAGAUUCCUGCGGCGUUUUUACAGCCGAGUGGAUUCUUGAACAAGAAGAAGGAUAUGGAUAACCUAAACCUCUCAACGUCGUACGGCAGCGUCAAGUCUUCUGUCCUUCUCGUUUCUGGAGAACGAAAGCGCGUGUCGGUUAAUCUGUUCUCGCAAUUCGGGAACGUCGAAUUUAGACUUCUCUCACGCGUGAACGACCAGCCCCUCAAACUUACCGCCAAAACGCAAAACGGCAACGUCGUGGUCGUUUUACCGCGCACAUUCAGUGGCCCAUUGCGAUUCAAGACGGGAUGGGGAAAAGUAACGUUCUCCAGCACCAUGACCGCGCACCAAUUCAGUGAGAGCACGGCGUAUUUGGGUGAUUGGACACGAGCAGGAUUCCAAGAUUACAAGACAUGGGAGGGUGACGAGGUCGAUGUAUCUACGCAGUACGGGGAUAUUCGCUUUUUGUGGGUAGAUGAGGAUACAGGCGAGUCGUCGGAUGCUGGAAUUGGGAGUAUGAUUACGGGGUUCUUUGGGGGCCUCAAGGGCAUGUUUGGAGGUAAAUAA